CUGCCGCGCCGCGGGGUCGGCCAGUUGCACUUGGCCUUGGCUGAAGUCCGGUCCGGACGCGGGGACUGACGGGGCAGUCGAAGCCAUGGAGCGUGAGGUGCAGCGGCUUCGCCGGGCGUUCCGAUCCGGCCGUUCGCGGCCCCUGCGGUUCCGGCUGCAGCAGCUCGAGGCCCUGCGGAGGAUGGUGCAGGAGCGCGAGGCGGACAUCCUGGCGGCCAUCGCCGCCGACCUGUGCAAGAGUGAAUUGAAUGCAUACAGUCAGGAAGUCAUUACCGUCCUUGGGGAAAUUGACUUUAUGCUGAGUAAUCUUCCCGAGUGGGUCGCUGCUAAGCCGGUGAAGAAGAACCUGUUCACCAUGAUGGACGAGGCCUACAUUCAGGCGGAGCCUCUGGGAGUCGUCCUGAUCAUUGGAGCUUGGAACUACCCAUUCGUUCUCACCAUUCAGCCGCUGAUUGGAGCCAUUGCUGCAGGGAACGCCGUGAUCCUCAAGCCUUCUGAACUAAGUGAACACACGGCUAAGAUCUUGGCCAAGCUGCUCCCUCAGUAUCUAGACCAGGACCUGUACGCUGUCGUGAACGGUGGCGUGAAGGAAACCACGGAGCUCCUGAAGGAGCGCUUUGACCACAUCCUGUAUACGGGAAACGCUGCCGUCGGGAAGAUUGUCAUGGAAGCCGCUGCCAAGCAUCUGACCCCGGUGACUCUUGAGCUGGGCGGGAAAAGCCCGUGUUACAUCGAUACAGACUGUGACCUGGACACGGUCUGCAGGCGCAUAACUUGGGGGAAGUACAUGAAUUGUGGCCAGACCUGCAUUGCUCCCGACUAUGUUCUCUGUGAAGCAUCCCUGCAGAACCAGAUUGUGCAGAAGAUCAAGGACACCGUGCAGGAAUUUUAUGGAGAAAACAUAAAAGAGUCUCCCGAUUAUGAACGGAUCAUCAACCUUCGUCACUUUAAGAGGAUACAAAGUUUGCUUGAAGGACAAAAGAUAGCUUUUGGUGGGGAGACCGACGAGGCCACGCGCUACAUAGCCCCGACAGUACUGACUGAUGUUGACCCUGAAACCAAGGUGAUGCAGGAAGAAAUUUUCGGACCAGUUCUUCCGAUAGUGCCUGUGAAAAACGCAGACGAAGCUAUACAGUUCAUAAAUGAACGUGAAAAGCCCCUGGCUCUCUAUAUAUUUUCUCAUAAUGAUAAGCUCAUCAGACGGAUGAUUGACGAGACGUCCAGUGGCGGUGUCACAGGCAAUGACGUCAUCAUGCACUUCACACUCAACUCCUUACCCUUUGGAGGAGUGGGUUACAGCGGGAUGGGGGCUUACCACGGAAAGCAUACUUUUGACACUUUCUCCCACCAGCGCCCCUGCUUAUUGAAGAGUUUAAAGCGAGAAAGUGCUAACAAGCUCAGGUACCCCCCCAACAGCCAGUCCAAGGUGGACUGGGCCAAGUUUUUCCUCCUGAAACAGUUCCACAAAGGGAAGCUCGGCCUCCUGCUGCUCGCCGUCCUGGGCAUCCUGGCAGCUCUGCUGGUCAAGAAACACCAAGCUGUGCUGAGGAGACAGGCCCUGUCGAUUUUUCUAGUAGCUCACAGCCUGCGUGGGCCCAGGAAGCAGUGAGGACCAGAUCCCAAAGCCCAGCUCUGUCUGUCACAGCGAGACUGGAUACUACUGAAGACUGACCCUCUUCCAUCUCCUAAUCGCCUCUACGGAAUUCUUCUUCUAUGAAGUGGUUAAUGAACCUGUGAUUUGUUUUAAUACUGCCACAAGCAGAGAAUACACAGAUGCACCGUGAUCAAGCCUGACCGUCAUUGCCACGGCCCAUGAACACACCGACCGUCCUGGCAGACCCCGCAUUCCCUGAGAGACGGCGUUCAGAGAACCUGCUCCGGGCUGUGCCUGCCCGGAUCGUGGCUCCGAGGCUGAGGGGGAGAGACCAGUGCUCCUCGGGGCCGGAAGACACCCAGCAGCUGCUCAGGACCUCCCAGCCCCCGUGGCCCAGCGCGCCCUCUCCCCUGCGCCUGCCCGGCCGUCACUUGGUGAAGCUGCCGGUUCUCAGCACUGCCCGCCCAGGAGCCCCGCUGUCCUCCGAGGUUGAGGGAGCCGAGGCUGGAUCUCACCCAGCUCCCUCUGAGGUGUGAGGCACUGCACCAGCACGGGCGGCACGGGCGGGGCUGCCUCUCGCCUGCGGGGCCCUCUGGCCCCGCGGUCCCAGCGGUCCCAGCGUGUCUGGUUUGGACAGUCUUCCCAGGCCGUUCGUGGCUGCUGCGGUGACUGGCACCACUCAGAGCGUCUUGUAAAUCCUCAGGCUCCCAAAAGGUCAUUGCCUGUUUCGUGUAAGCAGCACCUGUCACUCUGCCGGUGCCGGUGCGGAGACGGAAUCUACAGCUUAAUGAAACCUAACUAGCGUUCUUAAAAUACUGUAAUAAAAGUAAUUAUAAACAUGCUCCUCCUCUCUCAGGACCCCGUCGCUGCAAGAUAUCAAAUCUCCAAGAGUAAAUCUCUAAAUAUCUUAUUUCUGUAGCACAGCAGAAGUAAAAUUCACGUUUUGAAAACUU